AUGAAGCAAGUGAAGGAGUUGAGUGUUAUUCAAUCCGUCUCCACUGAUAAUAGCUCUGUCAAUGAGUUGUCAAGCUGCCAUUGUGCUGCUGGUUUUGCAUCAGUGGAUUUUAUUAUUUGGAGCUUAAUAACUGACACUACUACAAAAAGAGCCAUAUACGACGGGAAUUCGCCGUCGUCUAGCAAGUUUUCAAACCUCUUCACUGCAUCUAGUUGGAUCGCAACUGGGUGUGAAGAUAGAACUGAGAGGUUGACUAGGUACCGUAGGUAUAUGCCAGGUGUUGAGAAUUGGUCCGCAUCAAAAUUGCUUGGGGAGCAUGUUGGUGGAUCAGCUAUGAGAUCAAUAUGCUGUGUGUCAAAGAUAAGCAUAGUUCCGUCAGAUGUGACCAACAUACCCGAUACGAUGGAGAACAUAGAAACUCCGUUAAGCAGUGUCUGGUAA